GAGUCUAAUUGGUCUGAAGGCAUUGUUUCGCAGAAGUUUACUUGUACUUGGUGGCUUGUUGAUUGAUUCGAGCAAAUAAUGAUGGAUGAUGGGACUCGGCUUUUGUGGGUUGGGAGAUUGUUACUUCUUCUCCAAUUGGCUACUGGAAUUCUGGGCUGGGGAAGGGAAGGCCACUAUGCUACUUGCAAAAUAGCAGAGGGAUAUUUAACUGAAGAUGCCGGAGCUGCAAUCAAGGAAUUGCUCCCUGAUUUUGCUGAAGGUGACUUUGCAGCUGUUUGCCCGUGGGCUGACGAGGUCCGCUUCCACUACCACUGGAGUAGUGCUUUACACUAUAUUGAUACACCAGAUUUCAUGUGUAAUUAUGAAUAUUGUAGGGAUUGUCAUGACUCUGCUGGACGCAAAGACAGAUGUGUAACCGGAGCAAUUUUCAACUAUACUAGCCAGCUUACAUCAGCAUAUCAGAAUUCCAGUCCAGAGUCCAACUACAAUUUGACAGAAGCACUAAUGUUCUUAGCCCAUUUUGUUGGGGAUGUCCAUCAGCCCCUGCAUGUUGGUUUCACUGGAGAUUUGGGUGGAAAUACAAUUAAAGUCCGUUGGUAUCACAGAAUGACAAAUCUACACCAUGUGUGGGAUACCAUGAUUAUUGAUUCAGCCUUGAAGACGUUUUAUGGUUCAGAUCUUACAAACAUGAUACAAGCUAUUCAGAAUAAUAUUACAGAAGGUUGGUCUAAUCAAAUACCAUUAUGGGAAUACUGUCAAAACAACCGCACAGUUUGUCCCAACCCGUAUGCUUCUGAAAGUGUUAGUUUAGCAUGCAAGUUUGCAUACAAGAAUGCCACACCUGGAAGUACUCUGGAAGAUGAGUACUUUCUUUCUCGGUUGCCUAUUGUGGAAAAAAGGCUUGCACAAGGUGGCAUUCGCUUGGCUGCGACUCUCAACCGCAUUUUUGCUUCUCAAAGCAAGAUAGCUCAAGUAUGAAGGAAAAAGGGAUAGAAAAGCAUCUUCAAUGUAUGACACAGAGGAGGGCCCACAUGACCAUUUUAUAUAUGGCAUAACCUCUCCAUUAACAAAAUAUCAUGUACCACCCAAUUAAUUAUCUAUUCCCCAUUUGCUAAUUCUGUUAAGCAUUCUUUAAUGUAUGACACAGAGGAGGGCCCACAUGACCAUUUUAUAUAUGGCAUAACCUCUCCAACAAAAUAUCAUGUACCACCCAAUUAAUUAUCUUCUCCCCAUUUGCUAAUUCUGUUAAGCAUUCUUUAAUGAGAAUACUUUAUAGUUAACUGUUGACUUCA